CCGGUUGCAGGCAGUAGAUAUUGGGAAGAUUGAGAAGUACGUGUGGUGCUCUGUUCAUGUUGAGAAAACAGCAUCUACGGAAGAAUGUCUCACGGCACGAAAACCAGCAAGCGAGCAAGGAACCAAGAAAAAGCACUUUUAUUGUCACCGCUGUCAGAACAUCAGAUCCAACAGCACCAUAAAAUAUUCGAUAUCGAAUAAAAUAAAAAUUUACUGUUGCCAUGCCAUGGAAACUACAAAGGACGUGGAAAAACGAUAAACUUACUUUAAGACUGGCGAUUUACCGCCAAUCAGCUAGUCUUAGCGACAAACACCUUGAGACACACGACCAAUGCUUUUUUUAACUGAACCCUUUGAGGGCAUGGCCCUUAUGUAACAUCCUUUAUGACGAGAAGAUACUGAUCACUGGACACUAGCUACACACACUCAGACCGUGAGGCCACUGCAUGACGUAAGGGAAAUGGACGCUGAAUACUGGAACACGGGAGCACAGAGCACUCUGCACCAGAAGCUGGCAAGACGCCUUCUGACAGGAAGGGCGAAAAACGUGAUCCUGUUCUUAGGAGAUGGGUUAUCUAUCCCAACCUUGGCUGCAUCAAGGGCUUACCUGGGCCAAUCACAAGGGCACACGGGAGAGGAAACAGUCCUUUCCUUCGAAGCAUUCCCUCACACAGGACUCUCAAAGACCUACUGUGUAGACAGCCAAGUUGCAGACUCUGCCUGCAGCGCUACAGCCUAUUUGGGUGGUGUCAAGGCCAACAUCGGCACCAUUGGGGUUAUGGCAAAGGUCAAAUUAAAUGACUGCAAAGGCAUGAGAAAUGCUUCGAAUCAGGUGACGUCCAUCCUGAAGUGGUCACAGGAUGCCGGCAAAUCUACAGGGGUUGUGACAACAACCCGCGUCACUCACGCGUCCCCAGCAGGUGCCUACUCCUACGUAGCCAACAGGAACUGGGAGACUGAUGCCGAGGUCAGAAACUCGAAGCAAGACCCGGAAGUAUGUGACGACAUCGCUGAGCAGCUCGUAAACAACUCCCCUGGCAAGAAUAUAAAGGUCAUCCUGGGAGGUGGCCGCAAACAAUUUCGCUCAAAAAAUGCCGUAGACGAAGAAGGUGGGCCAGGUAGGCGAACGGAUAAUGUCGAUUUGAUUGCUAGCUGGGAAACCGACAAGAAGAAACGUGGGGUUAGCUACAAAUACCUUUGGAAUAAAGGACAAUUAGCAAGAGUCGACAUGAACAAAACUGAAUUUAUACUCGGUUUGUUCAGUAGAGACCAUCUGCCUUAUAAGAUUCUGGACACAUCCGGAACUAUUCCAACACUCGAAGAAAUGACUAGGGUUGCCAUUCGAGUCAUGAACAAGAACCCAAAUGGUUACUUUCUCUUUGUGGAGGGCGGACGUAUUGACCACGCCCACCACGACACGAAAGCACACUUGGCUCUGGAUGAAACAGUGGAAUUUGCAAAGGCCGUACAGGCCGCCGCCGAUCUCACAGAUGAAGAGGACACCCUGAUCGUGGUCACGGCCGAUCACGCACACACCAUGAGCAUCAGCGGCUACCCCUCUCGCGGUAACGACAUCUUGCAUCUUGCUGGGACGUCUGGAGUUGACAGACUUCCAUAUGCGACUCUUUCUUACGCCAAUGGGAAGAGUUACAAACCAAGAUACGACCUUUCCAAAGAAAAUAUGAAUGACCCCAACUACCGUUACCCAGCAGCCGUCCCGCUGAGUAGCGAGACCCAUGGAGGAGAUGACGUCGCAGUGUUUGCCAGAGGGCCUUGGAGUCAUCUGUAUGCGGGCACAUUUGAGCAGAACUUCAUUCCCCACGUCAUGGCCUACGCCUCUUGUGUUGGCAAAGGGCGAACAGUAUGCGACAAGAAAUGAAUCCUGCUUACACGUUAAUUCCUUACACUCUCAUAUUAAUGACGCUCGAAACGUUGUGCUCUCUCAAUGAGCUGAAACCCACCUCCUGUCCAGAAGCUCUUUCCUUAGGAAGAAACUGACUGCUGAGUAACGGUGAUCAGUCACGUAUUAUAACUAAGGAAAAUUAGUGCGUGAUAUAAAAUGUAAGGCUUAUUAAGACCUGUAAUUUAUAUUUGAAAUAACUCUUCUUAAUAUAAUAAAAAUAUAGCUACAUAUAUGGAAACAGUAAUUUCUGGCUUGAUGCAGUUCUUAUGCAGAGCGUUCAUCUUCGCAACACCAAAUUCAUUUCUGCUCUGUUUAUCAUCGAAAAAAAAAUACCGAGAUUAUGAAAAUCCACCAUUAAAAAAUUAUUAAAUAUAUCGAUAUAAUUCAAGUUUACAAAUUCGGCGAAAGAACGUACGUUUUUUUUAAUAUGCUCAAUUAAUGAUGGGUAGUGAACGACGUUGCUUUGGAUUUGUCGGUUGUCCCAUAGAUAGAAAGGUCGUUAGAUUUACCCAGCACCCGUUAUAUGUACCUCCCAAUGCGAGUCAGUUUCAGGCGAGAUGUUGACCGUGCAACAGAAGGCUGAAUCUGGUACGCAGAAUAGAAAUGGUUUGUAACAGUACAACGUAAAUAGCGAAGAAUACAUCAAAAUAGAAAAGCACAAGAUGUUAAGGCUCUGAGAUUUUGGUUGAAACAUUUGAAAGAAAUAAAGUUGCGAGACAAAUAUCUUCAUGUAGACCAGGAAUAAAAACUUCAGACAUUUAUUAGCAAUUUAAUGCUUAAUCAUGCUGAUAUGUGUUUUCGAUUGAGAGUUUUUAUCAUACCGACAUUUUUUUUUCCAAUGACUCUCUUUAUGUAUAUUUUGACAAAUAUGAAACCAAACAAGGCCUGGUAAAGAGCCAAUAAAGCAUGUGGAAAGAAAGGUACUUUGUUAGAGUAGUCCCACAGUUUUUUGUUAAUUGAACACAGAGAGAUGACAAAUUAAUGCACCAGGCAGGAUUUCUGUAUGUUUAUGCUGUGUACAUAUGUGAGAAGCGUCCUACGCUAACAACCACAAUAAAAAAUUAAUAUUUUA